AAUUCUCAUAACAUGCGUUUACACUGACUCAUUCGAUUUUUGUUCAUUCUAUUGAAAUUAUUCAACAUUCAAUAUUUGGCGCUUUUUUUAUUCGACCUCUACAAACAUCAGUGCAAUACUUUUUAACGAAUAGAUUACAAUCGAGAUAUUCUUAAUCGACCUUAAAGGGCAUACUUCACGUAUAAAAAGUAAUAUUGAUCCGAAAUUAUUCCUAAUCGAUCGAAGAAGGGAAAAUGAUCUCGACACGUCGUUUUGUCGUUUUGCAACAUAUAAAUUUCGGUCUCGCGAAUCGCGCUAAUAAAAUUGUGAAUGUGAAUUAUGCGUCCAGCUAUUGCAAGAUCGACGAGAGUAUCUUCGGGUUAAGCAAUGAACAGAGAGAGGUUAUAGUGACUUUCAUGCUUUAUAUCAUACAUAUGUCCUGCAUGUGUCUUCGCUCGCUCGUUUUCAAUUUUGCGCAGAAGAACCUGGCGCCUAAAGCUGCCGAGAUUGACAAGAAAAAUAAUUUCGAUGAACUGAGAACAUUCUGGAAAGAAUUGGGGAAAUUGGGCCUGCUGGGCAUCACGGUGAAGCCGGAAUAUGGCGGUACAGGCGGCACCUAUCUCGAUCAUGUAAUUAUCGUCGAGGAAUUGAGUAGAGCAUCAGCUGCUAUUGCUCUCAGUUAUGGUGCGCAUUCGAAUCUCUGCGUUAAUCAAAUCCAUAAACAUGGCACAGAGGAACAAAAACACAAAUACUUGCCUAAGCUGUGCAGCGGUGAGCACAUUGGCGCACUGGCGAUGUCGGAACCGGGGUCUGGAUCUGAUGUGACCUCCAUGAAAUUACGAGCUGAAAAGAAAAACGAUUAUUACGUAUUGAAUGGUAAUAAAUUUUGGAUCACCAAUGGCCCGGACGCGGAUACCUUGGUCGUCUACGCGAGAACUGACCCGAACGCGGACAAGCCGCAGCACGGUAUCACCACCUUCAUCGUCGAGAAAGAUACAGAAGGAUUUAGCACGGCGCAAAAGUUGGACAAGCUAGGAAUGCGCGGUUCUAACACUUGCGAAUUAAUUUUCGAGGAUUGUAAAAUUCCAGCCGCCAACGUUCUAGGAGAAGUUAAUAAGGGCGUUUAUGUUCUGCUCAGCGGAUUGGAUUUGGAACGAUUAGUAUUGGCCGCUGGACCUCUAGGAAUUCUACAAGCUUCUUGCGACAUCGCUUUUGAAUACGCUCAUACGAGAAAGCAAUUCGACCAAUAUCUCGCGCAAUUUCAAUUGAUACAGGCAAAGAUUGCGGACAUGUACAUGACUUUAACCGCGAGCAGAAGUUACUUGUACUCCGUCGCGAGAUCUUGCGAUGCUGGUCACACGAAUCGUAAGGAUUGCGCCGCGGCGUUGUUAUUUUGUACCGAGAAUGCCGUGAAAGCAGCCAUAAACGCCAUGCAGAUACUUGGUGGUAAUGGAUACGUCAAUGAUUAUGUGACGGGAAGAUUAUUGCGAGACGCGAAGCUUUACGACGUUGGCGCGGGUACCAAUGAAAUACGACGAUUGGUCAUCAGCCGUGCAAUCACUCAGGAAUACCUGUAACACAAAGAAAUCUAUAUUCCGCAUCGAUCUGGAUUUUAUAAUCAUUUUUAUGAAUAUAUGUAAUUCAUCAAUGGUAAUAUAUCACUAUUUUUAUACGUUA